AUGUCUGAUAAAACAAGUGAAGCAAAAGUCCAUUUUAGAAGCAACGCAAAAGUGCAUGAAGUCGACUUACGCAUUCGUGAAGCCAAUAUACGUCUGUGUCAAUUAUGUCUUUGGCGUAAUCGAAAAGGAAUUGGUUUUCAUAUUGCACCCUCUUCUAGUUCACUUCCUGUGAUAUGUAUGGUUGAAUCUAAUAGUCCAGCGUCAGCAGGUGGUCUUAAAAUCUGUGAUGCUAUUCUUGCUGUUAAUAAUAAGAAUAUAUCUGAAGCGAAUUAUCAACAAGCCACAACGAUCAUAAAAACUGCGUUGAACACGAAAGGUCGUGUCGAUUUACUCGUCGUGGAACAAAAAUUCUAUAAAGAAUUAAAGAAAAACGAUAUAUCAAUGAUUUCUAGUUCGGCCAAGAUACUCGUUACACCACAUAGUAUGCCUGCUGAUUUCUUCAAUUUUCCUAAGCAUCAACCACGCACUUGUGACAUUCAUGUAAAUCAAGAUAACAAAACAUUUGGCUUCGAAGUAGUUAGUGGAGAUGAUAAUAUUGGUAUAUAUAUUCAAGAAGUCGCUCCAGAUUCAGCAGCCAGCAAUGCUGGGUUACGGAAAAGUGAUCGAAUCAUAGAAAUUAAUGGAACUUACAUUGAACAAGAUUCCAAUAUGAAUUAUCAACAUUAUUUAUGGAUAGCUCAAGCUAGUGUUUAUGUGGAUAUAGGUGAUGAUAAAUCAAAAUUAGAAGCAACAAAAUUAUUUGAAUUUGUACUUAAUGAAAAUCCAUUACAUGAUAAUGCACGACUUAAUCUUGCUAUUCUUCAUUUUAAUCCAUCACAUGUACAUGUACUUGAGACUUGUGCUAUUGUUGGUUUACAAAUGAAUCAUCCAACAGAAGCAUUUAUUGAUCUUAAUCAAGUAUUACAUUUUCAACCAUCAUCAGCUCCAUUACUUGCAAAUCGUAGUGUUAUUCAACAAUUUUUAGAUGAUAAUAGAAAUCAGAGUUGCUAG